AUGUCUGGCGUCACCAAAGAAAAGACCCGCCAUGACCUUGAUGACGAGGGUCUGGGGAAAUAUCUAACAAACCAUCUACCUAACCUCAAGCUCCCCAUCAUUUCCACAAAGAUCGGAUAUGGACAGAGCAAUCCCACCUACUUCGUCGACGAUGCAAACAACCAGAGGUUCAUAUUGCGGAAGAAGCCAUCUGGGACCAUCAUCUCUCCCGUGGCCCACCAAGUAGAUCGCGAGUACAAGGUUCUCAAAGCAUUGGGGACCGUGAAGGGAUUCCCCGUGCCGAAAGUGUAUUGCUUAUGCAUGGAUGACUCGAUCAUUGGCACUGCUUUCUAUGUCAUGGAAUUCGUCAAAGGCCGCAUAAUCACCGACCCAGACCUCAAGGAACUCUCCCCCACCGAACGCCGCGCCGCCUGGUUCUCCGUCGUCUCAACCCUCGCCUGGCUCCACUCCAUCGACCCGGACUCCAUCGGCCUCGCCUCCUACGGCAAGAAAACCGGCUUCUACACCCGCCACUGCAACACCUUCUCGCGGAUCGAAGCCCAGCAAUCCGCCGUCAAGGACAAAACGACGGGAAAACCGCUCGGCCGCGCGCACCCCAACUUCGACGAGAUCGUCGACUUCGUGCGCAAGCGGGCCCCCAGCGACAGAGCCAGCAUCGUGCACGGCGACUACAAGUUCGACAACGUGGUCCUGCACCCCACGGAGCCCCGUGUCAUUGCGAUUCUCGACUGGGAGUUGAGUACGAUUGGGCAUCCGCUCAUGGACGCGACCUAUGUGGUGGGCCCGUACUGGAACCGCGCGAGUGGGAGUGCGAAGGGGGCGGUGAGGGACGAUAUGGGUGGGGAUGUGUAUGAUGUGGAGAAUCAGAGGAAGGCGGGAAUGCCGAGUAUGGAUGAGUUGUUGGACGAGUAUGCGAGGAUUGCGGGGUGGGAUCCUAGGAGGGAUCGGUUGGAUGUAGCGAAGAUAUUUCAUCUUAUGAGGGGAGGAACUAUCAGCCACGGCAUCCAGGCGAGGACGAUCAGUGGGCAGGCGAGCAGCGAGUUCUCGCAUGUUUACUUUGAGAAUACGAAGCGGAGUCUAGAUGCUGCGCUGGCGAUGGUUCGUGAAUUGAAGGAGAAGGAGGCGUCGAAGAGUAGCUUGUAG